AUGCAAGUCGGAAACGGUUUGACGGAGUUUCUUGUCGAAGCAGUCGGAGGAACAAGCUUCCGACAUAUGAUGUUUAAAGCACUCUGUGGCCCCAAAGCGUUUAAAAAUGUGGUCUAUGUUACAAAUAUGUGGUCAAUCCACCCAACGGAAGAUGAAAUACUCCGCGAAGCCGAACUUCGCGAUGGAGUUCUUGGAACGCCUCUAGCCGAAGGUGCACAGAUGGCUCGUCAUACCAACACCCAAGAGUCGGCUCACAAUAUCAUUCGAAUGCUACUGGGAAAGGACCUUAUGGUUACAAAAAUACAGCGUCAGCUGGUGGUUGAGUCGCUCCCCCUGGAGAAAACAGACGUAGGGCUUGUGAUUGGGCAAGAUCUAGAAGACAAUCUUCGUAAACGACAAGAAGAAUGA